AUGUCGUCAUCAGGUCAUCCUAAAGACUACAUUUGUGAUGUUUCUAUGGAAAUAAGCCAUCGCUUUUUCCCACUUCCUAUUGUCGCAGUGCCAAAUAUUUUGAUUAAUUGGCCACAUUUGCAAGAAUAUAGUUUUGAGCAUGAAAGAAAGGCAAUUGCGGAUUACGAAAAAAACAUGUCUACUUUGUCAGCAAAAAUGAAAGACCUGAGCGCUACAAACACGACAAAAGUGGAUACGCGAGGCGGAUCAAAUAUUGUAGUUAAAUCACAAGACAGAUCGGCAGGAUUUCAUGCAAACAAAAUUCAACCAAAUGUUAUUUUAGAACCCUGUCGUGCUGUAGCAAUACCUUUCAAUGAAAGACAAAAUACGAAGCCAUCGAGAUCAUCAGUCAAUAUUUUUGAGGAAUUCGAGCUGAAACCUAAUUUUUUUGAUCUCUUGGAAUUAAGUACUAUUGAUGAUAAGGCUGCCCUUGAACAGAUACUUGCCAACUAUCCACCGCCAUUGUCAACAAAUGUUGCAGGAAGUAGCACUGACUCUAAAACAGAGUUGUUGUCCACUUCGCCUAUUCCGAAUGUGAUAUCUAGUAUAGCAAAAAAUGACGAUGACAGCAGUUUAUACAAUUUGCCAACUACUCUUAAAACUUGUAACAGCUCUGUGGGUGUUAGUGUUUCAAGUACCUCUUAUAAACUUGAGAUAUUGGAAAAAACAUCAACACUUUCAACGAUUUAUCCAGACAAUAUUUUCACAGUUGGACGGUUGAAAUAUCGAACUUUAUUGCUCAACCCUCAGUCUGCAUCUCUUUACGUUGGCGCUAGUGGGAAUUUAUUCCGAUUGUGGGCAUAUAAUAUCAAUACAACAGCUUCAACAGAUGGUCUGUAUGCUCACAUAGAGCUUCCAGUUUCUCGCACUGAUGCAGAAGAGUGCCGGCGUGCUGGUCACACUGACUGCACAAAUGGAGUCCGGCUUAUGUUUUUAAAGGAAGGCCGUCAGACGUUGUUGGUUUGCUCUUCUAAUGCUAUGAAACCACAAAUUCGUGAACUAGACGCUUUGACACUACAGGAACGCUCUUCACCGGAAAAUGUUAUUGGCGUGUGUUCACCAUAUACAGAUCUCAAUACAACAGCAGUACUUGUCGAAUGGGGGAAUCCCGAGGACAUACCUGCUAUUUAUUCUGGAAUAAGAACAGGUCUGGUUCUUGAUAAUCAUCUUAUUUACCGCCCACCUCUAAUAAAAAACAAUAAAGAAAUAUAUUCAUCAAUGCGUACCAUAUAUACGGACUCCAAGUGGUUGUAUGAGCCUGAUUUUGUGGCAUCCUUCGAUAUUGGCAAAUAUGUUUAUUUUUUUUUCCGUGAAAUUGCUAUCGAACAUGAGAACUGUGGACGUGUAGUGUACUCCAGAGUUGCUCGUAUUUGUAAGAAAGAUGUUGGUGGAAAAAAUGUUAUGCGACAGGUAUGGACUACUUUUGUCAAAGCACGUCUGAAUUGUUCAAUUUCCUCAACAUCUUCUGUGUAUUUUAAUGAAAUUCAAUCAUUGCAAAGAGUAGAGGGUACUUCAGACAACUUCUUUUAUGCCACUCUAACUACUUCUGAUGUAUCGUUUGGUGGAAGUGCUGUUUGUGUGUUUUCUUUGAGUAAAAUCAAUCAGCUCUUCGACCAUGGAUAUUUUUUGGAGCAGACUUCAUCUGGUGGAUGGACUACUACACCAUCCGAAAGUGUUCCUGGUCAUCGCCCUGGGACGGCAAUUUCGGAUGAUAGUUUACAUUUUGCACGAUCUCAUUUACUGAUGGCAGAUGCUGUAUCAGCUGAUCUUCUAUUGUUAGCAUUAAGAAAUGAAUUGUUCACUCAUAUUGCUGUAGAUACACUGGAAAAUGUUAACAUUGUUUUCAUUUAUUCACAUGGAUCUCAGAAAUUGCACAAGAUAGCGCACUGGUUUGAUGGAUUAGAUACGUAUUCAAAACUUCUUGCAACUUAUAAUAUAAAAACUAACGGGAAUAUUUUUGCAAUGACGUUGCUACCUGGAGAAUUUGUGUAUUUAGCAGGAGAAAACCAUGUAGCUCAGUACCUUUUGUCACAGUGCUCACAUUAUGCAAUAUGUAUUCAGUGUGCUCGUGACCCAUACUGUUCAUGGAAUACUGCCCGUGGAUCAUGUCAUACACGUGAACAGUCUCAUUUAUCUUCGGUUGGUUGGAUCACUGCCAUUUCUAAGAAUGUUGACAAAUGUUUGGAAAAUGUGAAGCGUACAAUAAUUUAUGCGUAUUCUGGUGAUACCUUGCAUCUUACUUGUGUGGUACACUGUACAUGGUUUUUUGAUGGUGAUAAAGUUUCUUCUUCUGAAAAGCGACUUCUUACUAUUGAAGGAGGACUUAUCUCUGGAGAAGAGAGUGGCAUCUAUAAAUGUUUCUUCAGUGAAGAGAUUGUUAUGAUUUAUGAAGUCACUGUUGAUGAGGCUGAAUGUGCCCAGCCAACAAGCGUAGCUCAGUUCAAGUCGAAAUAUAGAGAGUGGUGCAAUAAGUUUGCCAAAUACAAACAAUCAGCUGAAAAGUGGCAGCUUUGGUACGAUGACAAUGCAGCGCAUUGUCCAAAACAAAGAAUAGCAGAUUUCAGUCACAUUGUUGGUGAAUAG